GAGAAAUUGUGGGGGAGUGGGUGUACUCAUUAUUCCUGCUGCCUCCAAGCCCGUGAACACUGAUACCGUGGUAGUGAAGUCUCUCUUGGGUGCUGGUCACGCCCCCUUAAGCCGUCAUGAGUAACAAGAAGCUAAGACGAGUGGGUGUGUCACAAGAACUGUGUGACCGUCUGAGCAGACAUCAGAUUGUUACCUGUCGGGACUUUUUAUGCCUUUCCCCACUGGAACUUAUGAAGGUGACUGGCUUGAGUUAUCAAGGUGUCCAUGAACUUCUGCGUAUGGUCAGCAGGGCUUGUGCCCCACAGAUGAAAACGGUUUAUGGGAUAAAGACACAGAGGUCUGCUAAUCUCUUACCAGCUUUCUUGUCUACGACUCUCUCUGCUUUGGAUGAAGCCCUACAUGGUGGCAUUGCUUGUGGAUCCCUCACAGAGAUUACAGGUCCACCAGGUUGUGGUAAGACUCAGUUUUGCAUGAUGAUGAGUGUGUUGGCUACAUUACCCCCCAACAUGGGAGGAUUAGAAGGAGCUGUUGUGUACAUUGACACAGAGUCAGCAUUUAGUGCUGAAAGACUGAUUGAGAUAGCAGAAUCCCGUUUUCCUAGAUAUUUUAAUACUGAAGAAAAGUUACUUUUGACAAGUACCAAAGUUUAUGUUUAUCGAGAACUUACCUGUGAAAAAGUUCUACAAAGGAUUGAAUCUUUGGAAGAAGAAAUUAUUUCAAAAAGAGUUAAAGUUGUGAUUAUUGACUCCAUUGCUUCUGUGGUCAGAAAGGAAUUUGAUACACAACUGCAAGGCAAUAUGAAAGAAAGAAACAAAUUUUUGGCCAAAGGAGCAUCAUUAUUAAAGUAUUUGGCUGAGGAAUUUUCAAUCCCACUUCUUCACAGCAAAAGAAACCACAACUGAAUGAAGAGACAACAAACAGAGUGGAAAAAAUUUUAGUGAAUUGCUCCUUCGACAGAGUACUAAUAUCUGGAACAUAAAGAACUGAAAAAAAUCACAUCCUCCCAAAUUUAAAGACUCAAUCCAAAAAUUGGCAUUUGAGAUGAAUAUAUACUUUUCAGAUGAGGAAGUACAAAAGACAGAUAUAUGAAAAAUAUUCAGCGUCACUGGUCAUUCGAGAGAUGCAAAUUAAAACAACAUUGAGAUUCCAUCUCACCCCAGAAGACUGGCUAUUGUCAAGCAAUAACUAAUGCUGGAGGGGCUGUGGGGAAAAGGAGCCCUUCUGCACUGUUGAUGGCGUGUAGUCUGGUGCAACUGCUGUGGAAAUCAGUGUGGAGAUACCUUAAGAAACUAAAACUUGAGGUUCCAUUUGACUCAGUUAUUCCCCUUCUUGAUAUCUUCCUGAGAUAAUAAGAAGCAUCCUACCACAAUGGUAUGUAGACACCUAUGUUUAUUUAUAGCAGCACAGUUUGCAACAACUAAAUCUUGGAAACAUCCCAAUGCCCAUCAGCCAAUGAAUGGAUAAAGAAGAUGUGGUUUUUUUUAUACAAUGGAGUACUAUAAAGAAUGAUAAGCUUGAGCCAUUUCUAGGUAAAUGGAUGAGCCUUGAGAUCAUACUCUUAAGUGAAAUAAAUUUGACACACAUGUAAAUAUUGCAUUGUCUCUCUGAUGUGAAAUACUGAAAGGAUUACUAAGGACCAAAAUAUGUAAUGUUGUGAAGUGGGAAAAAAUUAUUCAAAAGGGAAAAGGAACAAGGGUGGGAGGAGGUGGAAAGGAAGGAAGAGGAAGAGAAAAGAAAAAAGAGAAAAGGAUAAAAAGGAAACAGAACUUUGUAAAUAAGGUAGGGAAGAGUUGAAGGGAGGGGAGAGGAAUGGAAAGAUAAAGACAAAUCAAAAUAUAUCAUGGACAGCUACAUAUUCUGUAUGAUGAAUGUGAUCAUUUUAUAUAUAUAUCUGAAUUAUAUCUAUAAACUUAAAAAAAGAAAAUUAAAAUCUUAGGUCUUUGCAUGAUAAAGAAACUUUUGCAACAAAGUAGUCAAGGGAGAAAAUAUGGCAUACAAAAAGUUCUAUGUGUUUUAAUGACUUUCAUUCAAAAUCAUGUGCUAUAAUGUUUAUCUUGGGUGAUGCACACUCAUCUUCUAAACUUUCUUGUAGUUGGAUAAAAUGAUAAAUUUGAAUUCAUGUUUUCUUUUAUUCAAGGAGAAUAAGGGAAUCUAAAAUAAUUUUAUAGAUAUUUGAUAAAGAAAUUUAAAUAUCUAUGCUUAUUUUGUUAAUUUGUGUAAUGCUUGACCUAAGUCCAUGGAAUGCUUUGUUUCUCUGAUGCUUUUUAGUUUUUUCUGAGAUGCUUUAUCUCUUUGAGAAAGGGACUCUGCUCUUCUGUUUUUAGUAGAGCCUUCUAAAAGAAUAGGUACUUUGUAUCUCCACAUUUCUAUUUUUCCCCCUUGUUUCUCUGUUUAAAGAUGAACCCAGAAUAUACUAUAUUCUUGUAUAAUAGUGUGGUAUUGGUUUUGUGACAGAGAAUUACUGGUUUUAAAAGCCUUUGAACACACUUUCAGGAAAUGUCAUAAUUUUCCUGGCCUAAUUACCUCAUUUAAGUGGAAAAUCAUGAACUUACUUUGAAUAAGUGGCUUCAUAUGGAACCAGAUUUCUUAAAAAUAGUGUGGUGUUUUCUGGUUCAUUGUGCUUUUCAAAUUAGCAAAGCUUGUGCCUCCCUGCCAGUCCUCAAACAUGGCAAUAAACACUUCUGCUUCAAGAAUACUAGAGUCAAUAUAUAGAAAUCAGUUGGUUUUUUCUAUAUGUAAAUAAUGACAUACAGUUGGAAAUUGAAAGUGUAUACCAUUUAUAAGAGCACUAAAACAUGGAAUACUUAGGGAUAAAUAUAAUGUCUGUAAAAUUUUUAUGCUGAAAGCUAAAACAGUAAUCAAAGAAGACUUUUUUUGUGUGUUUGAAAUGGGAGAUCAUUUUUUUGUGACUGGCCUUGAACUCAUCUUUCUCCUGCCAUUGCCUUCUAAGUAGAAGGAUUACAGCUAUAUGCCACCAUGCCAGGUUAAAGUAAACACUGUGGAGAAUUACUGUAUGCUUAUCAGUUUGAAACUGUAGUGGGGCCAGCAGCUGUAGAGUAUGUGCUUAGACUACUGAAGCCCUGGGUUCAAUCCUUAGCACCAAAAUCAAACAAACAAACAAGUUCUCUCCAAUUGCUGUAUAUAUUCAGUACCUAUUUCAAAUAAAAACCCCAGUAUGCUCUUGGUAGAAGUCAAAGUGGCUAUGGAAUUUAUAUGGCAAAGCAGAAAAUUAAUAUUAACCAAAAAAAAUUAUGAAGAGUAUAGCUGGAAGACUCAAACUACCUGAUGUUAGGAAUUACUGUAAAGCCAUAGUAAUUAAGACUAUUAUAUAUGUGAUAGAACAGACCCCUUGAUUAAUAGACCAGAAUAGAGUCCAGACAUAAAUCCAUAGCUUUAUAGUUCAUUAAUUUUUAACAUAGAUGCUUAGGUAAUUACAUGGAAAACAGAAAGUUCUCAUCUAAUGUUGCUGGAACAACUCUAUUAUGUAUGCACAAAACAAACAAAACCUUGGGCAAUUCCUUGUACCAUUAUACAAUCUAAUACAAAAUGAACCAUGUAUUAUAAUAUAAAAUCUAAAACUAUUAAAACUUUUAGAAGAAAACUUAAGCAAAACUCUUUGUGGCCAUGGAUUAGCAAAGAUUAGCACAAAAAAAUCUGUCCAUAAAAUCAGUCCUUUUUAGCUGUAUAUUUUGGUAACUCAAAAUACAAAGAAUAGUCAGUGUCCGUAAUAGAAUCAUCUAGUUUUUACAGUGGGCCAAUGAUUUUAAUAAACUUUAGCAAAGAGGAUGUAUAUAAAAACAUGAAAUAAUAUUAAAAACCAUUAGUCAAUAGGGAAAUGUAACAUAAAAUCACAAUGAAAUGCCACUCCAUGUUUAGAAUGGCUGAAAAAAAAGCCUACUGACGGUAUAGAGCAGUUGUAAUUCUCAUAUGCACUGAUGGAUGAAAGUGCUUGAUUAUACAGCCACUUUGGAAAACCUUGGUAGUUUCUCGUAAAGUUAAACAUAUACUUACUAUAUGAAUUUUUCUUCUAGGUAUUUACUUAUUGUAUUAGUUAGGGUUUUAGUAGAGAAAACAGAUACUACAUGAGAUACACAAAUAUAUAAGAAAUCACAAGAGUAGCUUAUAGUGGUCAGCCACAGAGUCAGAUGAGGAAGUAUGCAGAGGGUGUCUACAUACUGGAGGCCGAAGGAUUCAAUCCAAGGUCUGGAGCUCACCCUAGUGUCUUGCACAAGACUACACCAGCAGGCUGCUGAAGGCUGAACCAAGGAUGAAGACUGGAGCUUUUCCAAAGAAUGGAAUGCAUUUGUCCUUCCUCCUUCCCUAUUGUACCUCCAGGUGAUGAGCCACUCUAGGGUGGGUCUUCUACACCCCUGGGUGUAGUUGCUAAACCUGUUUAGUUAAGCUUCCAAAUGUCUCAAGUUGACAUAUUCAAUCAACCACUACGCUUAAGAAAAGAUGGUAUAUACCCACACAGAUAUCUGUAUGUAUAUACAUAGCUUUGUGUAUGGUAGUAGCUUUAUCUAACUGAGCACUGAAACAACACAAAUGUGCAUUAAAUGGCAAAUGAGUAAAGAAGUUACUAUUUAUAUGAUGCAAUAUUCCUGCACGCAAAGGAAAAUUGAAAGAAAAUCCUCUAAUAUCACUUGCUUUUAAUUACUUUUAUGGAUUUAAAAAAUCACAUGGAGAUCAUGUAAUUGAGCAGUGUCUUUUAGUUUCUUACUAGGUUUUCUGUAUAAGGACUGAUAAAAAAUUUAGGACGUAUUUAAAUUAAAAAGUUAUUUCAGUAAAAGACAACAAUCGCCCUCAGAAUAGUCUCCCUCACUUUGUACACACUUAAUCUCAUCAUUCAUGCCACUUUCUGAAGCAGUUCUGGAAGUCCUCUGUUGUAUCUUUACGAGAUGUCAAACAUAGGUAAAUGUGGCUGCCAAGUGCCAUCUAGUGGAAAGGCAGGCUGUAAAAGCGUUACAGACCUGGCACAAUGUGGUGAUGGCUCUUCCUCAAAGUUAAAAUGAUCAGCAGAUGAAUGUUUUUGAAUCAGUUCAGGACACUGAGGCAGGCAAAACAGCUCAACUAAAGACAUUUAGGAGAAAGGACUUUCAGAGCUGUUUUGGAAAUAGUAAGAAUGAUGGGAUAAGUGUGUUUGAUGUAAGGUGUAUUUUGGGGGAAUUAAUGGCAAUGUGUGUUUUACUGUAAUAAAUAUUUAAAAAUUUAAGCAUUCCCCCUUUUUCUAUAAUGCAUCUGAUGGCUAGGUUAAUACUAGAGGGUUAAUGCUGGGGACUCUGUUUAUAAUUCUUCUCUGGCUUUAACUUUUUGUAACUUCAAGGAAAGGAAAAUUACCAUUUGCUUAAUCAGUGAGUUUUAUUUCAACAGUUCAAGCUCUGGUCUAACAGCUUGCUUUUAAAAAUUUGCUGUUUUCAGACUUCCUAGGACAAACUAUGGAAGCCUUUACUCCAUUGUUUUAUAAUAGAUGUUGAAAUUAAUUUUGUGGGUUUUUUUUUCCUGGUUGAGUUAUAGAAGCAGUAAAUUGCUGAAGACAUAAUUAAGAAACAGUGUGAUAGUUCCUUAUUCUCUUGUUUUCUUUCUUGAAGAUUUUUUCUUUUAUAACCCAUCUUUUUGUUGAUGCUGUUAAUCACAUUUGAACAAUUUGUAAAGGUUGCUGGCACAUUGGAUACUGCUGGAAAUGUAGGUCUUAAUGAAGGUGCUGAGGCAAAUUUUACAAAUCCAAAAUAUUUCAGUUUCAGCCCAGAUAGUUUCAACCUCAAAAGAUAAAUCAGUAACUUGUUUUUAGUUUAACUAAUUUAGUUUUGCAUUGUUGAGGAUAGAGCAGGGCCUCCAUGAUAGGCAAACACUCUAUUGUUGAGCUAUAACAGCAGCCCCAAUAACUUGUAUUUUAAGUUAAUGCUUUUUCUUCCUAGAGCUGGUUUAUUUGUAAGCAUGGGAGACCAAAUGUCUUCUCUCAGGAUUGAAGAAAAAAACUGAUCUCUCAAGAUCUUUUGUUCUGUCUUCAUCAGUGGUGUAUAACAAGAUUUAUGGUCUCAGGCAAGAUUCAGACUGAGACAUUUUAUUGUAGUAGUGUUGUGGAAACUCAGAAGAAAGCUCUUUGGAGUAGUUUAUGGGGAAUGUCCUUUACUAAUUCUUUUUUAUUUGUGGGGGAGGCUGUAUAAGGAAAUAGUAUAUAGCACAUUGAAUUCUGAAUUUUAGGGAUUUUUAGGGUCCCUGAUGUACUUAAAGUUCUAAUAUUUGGUCCUCUUGUUGACUUGAAUCCUCUUCAGUUUCAAGAUGUUCAGUUUAAUAGCAUCUUGAAACAUUAAGAACAUCCAGAGCAUGUUUAAACACAGGAGGACAGGGUGGGGCUGUUUUUCUGUGACAUUUUAUUAUGCUAACUUUUUAAAAAGAAUAUUUUCUAAUUAAUCACACUAAGGAUUUGCACAGCUUUUCCUUCUAUGAUAUUUGUGGAGUGUUUUAUUUCAACAUAUUUGGCACACUAAUAAAGUAUAUCAAUACAUUUUAAGCUUCACUUCAUUUCCCUGUCUUAAAGUUGUAACAGAAACAAGUUUUCAACUGACAUAUGAUGUAUUUUUACUAGUUAAUUGAAAUGUUUUCAUAAUUACCUAAUUUCUUAAGACUUCACAUGCAUGGCUUCUAAAAGUGUAGGUAAUAGAGAAUAACAUUUAUCUCUAGUCCCUGGAUGUAACUGUGAUGCCAGAUCUUACCUAGAUAUUAGAUAUGUUUUACCUGUCCUACUUAUUUUAUCUAAAAGACUGCUUCAGUAUGGGUAAACUCUUGCAGAUUUGAUAGGGGCAAACUUGUACUUUGUUAAUUGCAUUCAAAUAAGUAAGCAUUUACUUGUGUAUAAUAGACAAAGAAAGAUUUAAAAACAUACACAUUGGAUUUGUUAAGGGAGACAAACCAUUGCCUAGAGAAUGUAUGGUAGAGACAGCUUUGACAGACUUACCAACAAGGGAUUUUGCUGCUAGUUAGACUCCCCGAAACCCAACAUACUCCACUGUUGUGCAGUCCUGUAUUAUAGCCCUUCUCCCCUACCAAGAAAAAAAUCACUUGUACCAUUACAACAGACUUGUUUGUACCAACAUCUUAGGUUUCUUGUUCAUUUUUUUUUUAUUUAGAGAAAAAAAGCAAAACAGUAAAAAGGGUAAAAAUAAUACAGAAUUUUUUUUUUUUUGUCUUUUUCCUUUUUAUCCAUACCGGGGAUUGAACUCAUGACCACCUGCUUGCAAGGCAGGUGCUUAUGCCGCUGAGCUAAAUCUCCAGCCCCAGUACAGAAUUUUUUAAAAAGUAAGAAAUCACUAGUUGAUAAAUUAUAUAAUGUUAGAAGUAGUUGCUCAAGUUACAAAAUCAAAGCAUAAAAAGUGAACAAUCACAACGACAGUACAAACCAUUCUGUUUGAUGAACUAACAGAAAUUUAGUGUUAUGGUUAUCUGUCUUGCACACUUUCACUUGCACACUUACACAUCCUCUGGAGCACCUUGUUUCCCUUUCAUUAUCACAGUAUCUGUUACACAUUUUGGAUCUUAUUACUCUUUCAGUUUUUAUUAUUUUAUACUAGAGAGACAAUAUGAUAUGUACAAAUGUGAGUCUGAUUGAUUUAUUUAUUUCACUUAUGAGGAUAGCCUUAAGUUGCCUCUAUUUACCUAGAAGAGCCUCAAGAUCAUCCUUUUUGAGGCUGGAGGUUUAGCUCAGCGGCAUAAGCACCUGCCUUGCAAGCAGGCGGUCUUGAGUUCGAUCCCCGGUACCGAUAAAAAGGAAAAAGACCAAAAAAAAAAAAUCAUCCUUUUUUAUAGCUGAGGCUUCUUCUGUGUACUUGCUGAACAGAAAGCGUUGUCUUUUUGAUCGCACUGGUUAUCUAAGUGGGGCAUGCAUUUGGUAGAAGAUGGCACAUUGGAAUAUAGGCAUUAAACUUUAGAAAUAACCACUUUGAAUGAAACAAAAAUAUUUCUCCCUAAAGUACCAGAGGAUUGCUAAGUUAAAGACAAGAGUUAAAACACAGGAUGAGUCUACCUUUCCUUCAUUUGUCUAAAAUCAGGACGGAUAGGUAUUAGAUGACAGUCUUUCUACCCCUUCUUCCUUCUCCUUCCUAAUGACAGAAUGCCACUUUUCCUUCAGGGGACGCAGUCUUUGUCACUUCAGAGAUGAACACAGUCUGCACUAGAGGAAUCUAUGAGCAGAAGUUGUCCUUAGUGCCUUCCUAUGGGCUGAUGUUCCAAACUGCUCUCUUUGUUGUCUUUUUACUCUUCUGAAGUUUAUUGCUCUUCGUUGAAACAUUAAGACAGUGUUCCAAGCCAUUACUAUGAGGGAGUUGUUUUUUCUUCUGUAUAAUGACUGUUCUCUUGUUAAUCAGUUUUUUUUUUUUUUUGGUUAAGGAAUCAAUCCUAAUUUAUGAGGGUAGGAAAAAUUACAUGUUUUCCCAUUCAAUUUUUUACCUUAUACUCAUUUCUAUUUUAUGUAAGUUUUAAAUAUCUAUCUAUCUGUCUAUCUAUGUGUCUGUCUAUCCAUCUAGAAUGGUUUAGGACAUCUGGCAUAUUCAUGUGUUUAAUAGAAAAUCUACUUAUAUCAGGAAUAAUUUUGUUUUGAUGUAUGAUUAGUAGUGGUAACCACUAUUUUAGGUCACAGAAUUUCAGGCAAGUAAAUAAAACUCAUUUUUAUGUCAGUGGAGACCUAGUUUUAGUUUGUUUUAUUUUUUUGCUGGGGGAAGGGUUGUGUUGUUGAAGACAGGUUUUUGUUAUGUAGCCAGGCUGGGCUUGAACUUGUGAUCCUUCUGCUUCACUCUGUCAGGUGCUGGAGCAACAGGAGAGCACCACCGUCCAAGUGGAGACCUGUUUCUUAAAUUCUUACUGUGCUAAACAGUACUUGAAAGAUAGUACUUUCUCAAGAAUUUUGGAUUAGAAUUUUCUUCUAGAAUCAAAUAGAUCUGGGUUAGAACUCAGACUCUUCUACUCACUACCUGUAAAGCUAUGCUUAUUUACUUUUCUGUUUCCCAGUUUCUUAAUAUAUAAAAAUAAUCAAAAUAGUAAUGCCCACCUUCAAAUAGUGGCAUUGUGCCCAUUUUUCAAUAGAUCCUUAGAGAAGUUAGAAGGUAUUUUUUAGGAGUGGAGGCAUAUUUCUUUGAUACUAGAAAUUGGUUGUGCUCUUCGUAAUGAGCCUCACAUAUAGCUUAAAUAAUUAACUAUAAAAGCUGUAAUGGGUACUUUUCUCUAAUAUUUAACACUUAAAAUUUACAUACCAGAAAAUUUUAUGAACUCAAUUUCAGCAGCAGUUAUAUUUUGAUUCCCACUUGUUUCUUCUAGGAUUUUCAGAUGCUGAUGAGGUCAGUUUCAAUUUUACUGUAUUAUCUGGAUCAGAUAUUAGAGAAGUUUUUUUGCAGGGGACCAAGUAGUAAUAUUUUAGGCCUUAUGGACUAUAUGAUUUCUCUGGCAGCUAAGGUUUGCUACAGAUAAUUUAUAAACAAAUAUGGUUGUGGUUUAGUAAAACUUUGUUGUAAAAGCAGAUGGAGAGGGAAUUUAGCUCAGUAGUAUAAGUGCUUGCCUGGCAAGUGCUAGGUCAUAAGUUUGAUCCCCAGUACCAAAAAACAAAACAAAACAGAUGGAGAGCUGGCUUUGACCCAUGGCCCAUAAUUUGCCCACCUCUGGUAUAGACCCUUAAACUCAGGACUAAGGCUAAUGCUACAAUAAGCCUAAAAUAAGGAAUUAGGAAGAAGGAUAGGAGAGCAGUCUGCUUACAAGGACAGUGUUUUCUCAUGUUGGUUUAAGGCAUUGAUACCUUUUAAAGGCAAAUAAUUUUCUCAUGAACACUCAUGAUUGACUUCAGUGUUAUUAUCUCAGAAUAGUACAUAAUUAUAAGAUUAGCUAAUAAUCCUAAUAAACCAUGCUUAUAAAACCAUAUGUGAAUUACAUUUAUAAGCAAUAUAAUAAUGAUGAAAUUAAUUAUGCUAACUUAAUGUUAUACAUAGCAACUUGUUAAACUGCAUUAUUGCUUGUAACAUACAUAUAUGAACACUUUUUUGAAUGAGGUAUAUAGCCCUACUGUAGUUCAUGGGAUGACUCAGUUUUCCCUCUUCUUUUCUCUGUUUGAGCUACUAUAAAACCUCUUCUGUUUGGGAAAGGUGACAUCAUUUGUCCCUGGGUAGCAUGAAUGCAAUUAAAUUUCAAGUCUGCCAUUGCUCUUUUCUCCAUUAGUCUCUGACAAUGAAGAAGAUUGAUGCCACAUGACUGAACACUACUAUAUUAGUAUCUUCUGGAAGUUUUCAAAUAUAGAAUACUAAUAUUUUGAGGACAUUGCUAAAAUUAAAAUAUAAAAUUAAAAAUUUCUCAGAAUUUUUAGUUUGAGGAAGAUAGUUGUAGAAGUCUGAUAGAAUCUUUUCCUGAAGCUCAUGGAGCAGACCUAAGAGACGCUGUGUUUUUGGGGCAGAAGUUUUGUCUUUUUAAAGUGUGUUCACACUAGUAAUGAAAAAGUAGGUUUUGAAACUGUGUAAAGAUAUUUGAUGGAAACAAUUUAAGAAAAGAAUUAAAAUAUUGCUUGCAUUAAGUUAUAUCACCUCUUAUUAUUGACUUCUAACUACCACGUGCAGAACAAUAAUUAUGCAUGUUGCAAAUUAUGUGUCUGAUUAAAAUAAUAGGAUUAACUUUCUAGAGAGACCUUUCAAGAUAAUUUAGAUUAACCCCUUCCUUUCACUGAUGGCACUGACCUGACUUGUUCAAGGACACAUAGCAUAGGAGACAACAAAAGUGUGUAGAAUGCAAAGACAUCAGAAUGCCUGUUUCUGCAGCAAAAUUAUCUUUUUUCUGAGACAGAAUGAUAAUGAAUUAUAAACUUCUUAAAGACAAGAUUGUGUCUUUUAUUUUGAUGACUUCUAGCUCCUAAUAUUGUGUAUAAAUAAUAUUUGAAAGUAUCCACAACAGUUAAUAAAAUUAUAGCUAAGGCUUAUAAAAAUAUAUUAUUUUAUAUCUCAUCUAUGUGUGGUCUUUUUAGAACAUGAUUUGAAUAUUUUAUGCUUAUGGGUGAAGUUCUUGCUUUUUUAUUUUUUAAUUUAAGUCCUUGCUUAGGCUAGCUUUAAACUUGUGAUCUUUUUGCUUCAGCUUCCCCAAUUCUGGGAUUACAGGCAUGCUUGAUUGAUCUGCAUUCCUUUUGUUUGUCUUGCUUUGUUUUUCAUCCUAGAAUUUUAUUAGCUAUUGCAAUAAAAGAGAAUGAAAAUACAUUGGUUGAACAGUAUGACUUUAACCUUUGGAUGGUUUUUUGAAAAUAUGUUCACUGGUAUUUUGAACAUGCAAAUAAAGACGGGGAAAAUGCCAAUAUCUAAUUUUUUACUAUUUCAGAAAAUUCAAACUAAUUUCAAUCAUUGGUAUAUGGACGAUAUUAAAUGUUGGUACCUUUCUCUGUGUUUCUACCUCCUUCAUUUUAAUAUCCUUGCUUUGCCUGCCAUCACUUUGGUACAUAUUCUCUUGCUCUCUGGCUCCUUUAUAAGACUGUUAAGCAAAGAUAAGCUGAUUGGGGCUAUUUUUAAUUUAUGGAUUGCAAGCCUGAUUAUUUUAUUGGAUAGGUCUUAUUUCCAGGGAAACAGAAAAUGUUGUGUCAAGAAAAAUUUGGGUGUAUUAUUUAUCUCCAUAUGAAGGAAAAGACUUACUUUUGUUGAAAAUUGUUAAAAUCCAAAUUAUUUUACUAAGAUAUGAUUGUACUAGUUUUUCUGUUGUUGCUAUCUUUGUUCUUGAUCAUGUAUGUGCCUGUUGAGAGUAUACAUUGCUUUAAUUUAUUGCUUAUCUAUGUUUCUUCUGAAAUAGUAAUGUUUGAAAUAGUUUUUUUAUAUUUAAAGCUCUUUAGAAACAUGAUUUAAAAUGUUUUUCACUUUGCUAUUUUUAAGAUAUAAAGAUUUAAAGUUAUUUAAAAUUUUUUUUUAUUUUUAAAUAGAUUAAGACACAAGAGGACAUAACAAAGCAGAUCAGAUCAGAAUAAUGUAAGCAACACAGUAUUUCACCACAAGACAACCCGUAGUUAACAGUAACUGCCGUAGUGUCUCUUUCUUUGAAAUAGUUGAGCAUAACUUCAUAUACAGUAGUAUCAAACAUAACAAAAUAGUAUAAAACGAUUUAAGAGCAUGAAAGUAUUACAGGACAUUCAGAACCAAAUAACAGAGAACAAACAAUGGCUACUAUAUUAUCUCAUUUUCCAUAGAAAAUUUGUUUAUACUAUCACACAUAAUAAAAUCUAAUAAAAUACAAUAUGAUAGAACCAAUGGAAAUAGAAGAAAAAUAGCGUGGUAGGACUUCAUAGUAAGAUAAUAUUAAAUCAGCACUGGCUAUUAUAAUGUCUUGCUUUCUUCAAAAUAGCUGUUCAUACUAUCACAGAUAAUAAAAUCAAACAAACCAGGGUAAAACUAUUCCAACUAAUGAAUGCAAAUAUUAUAAGGCUUUAAAGCAAUGUAAUGGGGAAUCAUGAUUACCAUAAACUGUUAUGUCAUCUUACCAUUUCUUACACUAGGGAGACUAUGUGGUAUUUAUACAUGUGAGUUUGAUUUAUUUUGCUUAUGAUGAAUAGGGUCUCAAGUUGUGUCCAUUUAUUUAUAAAUAUCUCAGUGUGAUCAUUCUUUAUAGCUGAGUAGUACUCCAUUGUAUAAAAAUACCACAUCUUUUUUAUCCAUUCCCCAGUUGAUGGACACUCAGGUUGUUUCCAAGAUCUGGCUAUUACAAAUUGUGCUGCUGUAAACAUGGGUGCACAUAUGUCACUGUGGUAUGAUGUUUUCAGUUCUUCUGGUAAUAUGCCUAGAAGUGGAAUAGCUGGGUUGAAUGGGACUUCCAAUCCUAGGUUUUUGAGGAAUCUCCAGACUGACCUCCACAGUAGUUGCACCAGUCUACACUCCCACCAACAAUGCAGGAGAGUUCCUUUUUUCCACAGCCUCUCCAGCUGGUGGUUUUCUUGAUCCUGGCCAUUCUUUCUGCAGUGAGAUGGAAUCUCAGUGUAGUUUUAAUUUGCAUUUCUCUAAUUACCAAUGAUGAUGAACAUUUUUUCAUGUAUUUAUUUGCCAUUUGUAUUUCUUCAUCUGAGAACUGUGUAAAAAUAUGGAACACUUCACAAAUUUGCGUGUCAUCCUUGCGCAGGGGCCAUGCUAAUCUUCUCUGUAUCGUUCCAGUUUUAGUAUAUGUGCUGCCGAAGCAAGCACAAGAUUUUAAGUUAUUAAUCUGAAAAAAAUUUUGUUUUUAAGUGAGGGAAAUACAAGAUUAAAGUUUUUAUUGUAAUUUGAUAAAAUUAUAAAAAUAUUUUUUUCCUCACAAUUUAAUGAUAAACUUCAUAUUAACCAGGAUUUUCUUUCCUCUUUCCUUGGUAGACUUAUCAUGCUAUGUGGGUUUAAUCAUACAGGAUUAUAUUUUAUUUUAUAUCUUAAUAGUAUUUAAAAUUUUUCAAAUGGGAAAGCCAAUUAAUUUAAGAUUCCAUGAAGUAAAGUUACAGUAUUAUGUUUAAUUUGUGAUAUGAGGAAAAAGAGUAUGUAUACCCAAUUUUGACAUUUGAUCUUGUCACAAACAUGGAUAUUUGGAACUUGCAUUUUUGAAAGCCUAAUGAAGUUGCUACUCUGAUAAAAUAGAAAUCUUAGAAUCCCUAUGUAUACAUAUGACACUAAAACUCUUAAAUUAUAUUUUGCUCUAUGUAACAUUAUUAUAUGACUUUUCCAGAAAUCAUGUAAUUUGCCCUGAUUACUUCCAUAAUAAUUACUAAAAGCAAGCACUUUAGCACUUCAGUGAUAAGUUAUCUACAGUAUUUUUCUUUACGAUAAGUGCCUUCUGUUACUCAUUCACAUUUUAAAUCAUAUUGUUUAAAGCUAUCCUAUAUUCAUCUAGAGGCUGCAACUCAUACUAUUCCUUUAUUUCAUCAAUUAGUAACAAUAUUUCUAGAAAAAUUAUUUUUUCUUUUGUGAAACUCUUUAUGCCUUCUGAAACUUUUAUUGCUUUCUGAAGCAAAGAGCCAGAAAUAAUCAAAGUGUUAAUGAGGAGGUGAUUGGUUAAAUUAGUUCUAUUAUAUCCAUACAAAAUUAUAUAAUGCCAUUGUUAACAUGAGGGAGAUUACCCAAAGUUACAUUCGCAGUUUGUAGAGGAAAGGGUUAACUCAGCUGAUUGAAAUAGAUUGUCUGAAUCUUGUGUAUCCUUCCAACAAAUCUUCUAAGUCAAAGAGUAAUCUUGGAAACCAUUGAUAACAAGAACACUAACAGAUGUGUAAAAAUAUCUAUGAUCAUUUUAUUAUGUUUAUAUUUAUAUAAAAUUUAACAUAUUUAUGAUAUUAUAUUUGACAAUUCAUAUGUAUAUGAGGUAUUAGGUGAUGAUAUAUUAGUUACAUUUUUCAUUUGGUCAAAACUGGCAAGAUUUAGUUAACAUUAGCCUUAGUUCAUUUGUUUUGAUAGUUGUACUGUGCUCAGUAAUUUAGGAGGCCAAGAAGUAUAGGAGAACUCUACUCUUUUUGUAACUUUGUGGUAAAUCAAAAGUUAUUUCAAAAGAAAAAGUAAAACAAAACACAAAAAGCAAUAAGGCAGGUACUUUUAUGUGCCGGGGUUGGCUCUGAAGCUCAUAAAGAAACUGCACUGGUUUUAUCUGGAGAAAGGGACAUAGUUUUGAUACACUGGCCCUCUUCUGUGUAGUCAUCUGUCCUAAAGAUGAUAUCUAAUAUGGUACCUUUCCAGUUUAAAGAUUGUGCUACUUCUUUUAGCAAGCUUUCUUGAUUUUUUUUCUUUUCUUUUUUGAGACAGAGUCUCACUAUGUAGUACAGACUGGUCUCAAACUUGCUUAAGUAGUCCAGGGUAGCCUCGAACUCCUGGAAAUCCUCCUGCCUCAGCCUUCUGGGUGGUGGAAUUACAUGGGUGCACCACCACACCCAGAAAGGUCAAGCUAUAUAGUUCAGACUGGCCUUGAGCUCACUAUGUAGUCCAAAUUGGCUUUGAGGCAGUCCUUCUGCCUUAGCCUCCCAAGUGCUGGAAUUUAGGCAUGUACUACUGUGCCUAACUUUGCUCCUCUUUCAAACUUUAUUUAGCAAGUAGUUACUUCCUAUCCUUAGUCCUAACUCCCUGUGUCUUAGUGGUUAAGAAUAUACAGUAUAGACUUUGGAGAAGAUGUUGAUUUUAGUCAUAACCUCACUAUUGCAAAUUUUAUGACCUUGAGUAAGUUAUUUAUUUCAGCUCUCUUAGUUCCUUUGUUUGAAAAGUAGGAGUAGUAAUAUCUGACUCAUGGGGGUGUGGGUAUUAAAUGAGAUAAUGUCUGUAAUGUUCUUUACACAAUGUUUGGUGCAUUCUGUAAAAGUUAGCCAUUAAUUAUUAAUUUUAGUAGUUAUUCCAUUCCAGAUGCCUACUGUAUAUUUUCUUUCCCCUCCUAAAUUAUUUUUACAAGGUUGCAAGUACUUCAAAAGGGGGAAAAUCAUGUUUUAUUCACUGUUGUCUGUCUUUUUUUCUUUCUUCCUUUCUUUUUGAUGGCUGCUAUUAUUACCUGAAUCUUCUUAUCCUUGGUUCUUUCUUCUCUGGAUUUCAGAAUCUCUUUCUUUUUCCUUUUUAAUUCCACUCUCAGCAGUUGUAUCUAAAGCUCUACAUUAGGUGCCAUGAGAUCAUAAAGAUGAAUAAGACUUAGUGUUUUCCCUUUAGGCUUCUAUAAAUAGGUUAAUUGUAGAGACAAAUAGCUCUCUCUGCUAUAAAGGAGAAUAAGUCUAUGAUUCUUUUUUCUAUUUCUAACAGAUACGUAAGUAGCCUAGUACCUUCCUUUCUGUUCUUUACUUGGGACUACAGAUUACACAAAGAAAAAUAAAGAAGUAGCACAGACCUUUAUAGUAUACCUUAAACCCUUUAUCAUGUCUAACCUCGACCUUACUAUCCUAUUCUUAUUCAGAAAGAGACUGCUCUUUUGGAAACAGGUACUGGUUAAACUGAUAAAGCACAGCAUUAUUCUAAAAUUGUUUUGCUAAAAAAGGUUAGAAGUGAAAGGGUCGUGGCUUUUAGUUUUUAGCAUUAUACUACAUUUAUUACAUACCGCCUUGACAUGCUAUAGGAUUUUCAGAUUGUAGAUUUUAAGAUUGGGACUAAGUGGCAAUCUUCAGUUUUCAGUAAGAAUAGGGAUGCAGGGAAAUGAGGUGCUUUAUCUGAAACAGCUCAAGAAAUUAUUUAGAUCAUUGAAUAAUACAGUUUGUCACUUUUAUCCUGGAUUUUUAUUGCUAUAUCUUCAAAUUGAUCUGUUUCUUGAUAAUUGCCUUUCAGAUAAUUUUCCAAAAGUGUAUCUUAUUACAUUCCUCUGCUUAGAAGUAUCAUAAAGUACCAUGUUAUUUAUAGAACAAGCCUGCAAGACUGUAAGCACAGAAUUGUAUCCUUUGUUUUUUUUUGGUACUGGGAAUUAAGCUCAGAACCUUAUGCUUGCUGUGCUGCUGAGCUUUUGCUAGGCCAAGCGUAUACACUUAGUAGGCCUCUAAUUAAUACUCUUUGUUGAUUGAUCUCAUCUAAAUUUGUGAUAUGAUAUUCAGGAAUUCCCUUCUUCUUAACUCUUACCUAUUCCUAUUUGUCUUGUCUGUGCAAGUGUUACCAGGUAGUCUCCUUCUAAAAGUGGCUGGACAAAUAAACAUUACUGGGUUUUGUAGUGGUUGUGUCUCCUUCUGGAGUUGGAUUCCAGGUUCUUUUCAUCUUGAACAAAUAAUUAAAUGAAAUGAGCAAAAAAUGGUGACAAAGUUUAUUUGAAAAACUAAAAGUGAAAAGUGAGGGAUGAACUGGCUUUUCAAAAUGAGUUUAGGCCAAAAUGGGGAGAAAAAGUAAGAUAAAAGUACACCCUGGAGGACACAAGGCAGGCUGUCAGGAGGAAAGCUGCUAUAGCGAGCUUUUCUUGUUGUCUGUGUCUUUUUAGGCAAUCUACUUCAUGAGGAAACUUUCAAGAACUUCUACUUGGGGGUCCUGAGAAUAGUGCUAAUAGUCAAAGCCGUACCUAUGUCCUGAUCAGCUUCUGAUCUACCUCUGCCUCCCUGUUUUUCUAAAGAAGAAGGUGAUAUCCUCCUAUUAUGGCUCACUGUUUAAAUUAUAUUCAAAUAAACAGUUUAAAAUACAAGUUGGGAGGCUUUCAGGAAGACAGUGGGAUGGUGAGUGGCAACAAACCAGCUUUUCCAAGAUUAGGAGAACAGAUAUGCUGGAGCAUAGCAACUUGGGGAAGAGAAGGAGGAGGGAGCUAUAUUAUCAAGACCCAGGAAAGAUCCGAAGGGAGAAUCAGCUUGUGGGGAGAGUGAGCUGGUGAAACUCCAUGCAGAAAAGGGAGGUGGCAAACUGCACUUACUGACUUAUACUCAUGGUGUGAAAGCGGAGGCUCCAGCCUGCAGAAGUGCAGUGAUGGAAGAACCCCCAGUGGUGUGGAGCAGUGGAUGUUGUGGGUUGCAGCAGCUGGUAAGUGACUCCAGUGCACAGUUCCCCUGGAGUGGGUCAUUGACUGGAUUCCCUGUUGGGAUGGAGCUUGCUGAACUCAGCACUUGGAACAACAGUGAGUUGGCUUCAUCUUGGGCCUCCCAGAGUCUGGAUAAGGCGUAGUGCUGGGAGACAACUAGGGUUGGGGAGCCAGUGUCUAACGGCUAGACACGCCCAUGGUGUAGUGCACGGAGUAAAUUGGGUCACAGGCUCCCAACCAGUGAUCAGAAUCAGCCUGAACUUCUGAGGAGUUGAAUUAGCAUCCUGCCUUAAUUCUACUGCAGGCCUGUUGGGAUCAUACAGUACAGAUCUGGGUUCUGUCUGCCUCAUUUGUCUAUCAGUGACAGCGCAAACAUCCCGUGAAGUGGACACUACUACAAAGCCGUAGACCCCGGAAGAGAAAUGUAGGCUUGAAAUCACAGAGAAAUCUCUCUGCCUUUAUCUUAGAUAUAUAUUCUUGUUUUUUCAUGAGUGUGAAUAUUAUUUUUCUUUUGGUUUUGUUCUUAUUUUUUUUUUCUUUUCUCUUUCUCUCCUGUUUUUUUUUCACCAGUUUCCAAAAACUUAUUGUCCUUCAACCUUGCUUCUAAUCUCUUUCCCUUCUAUUUCUCUAUUUUUUCUUGUGUCUCUUUUUAACUUUUCUCCUCAAAGGAUAAAAUUGCUCAAUUGAGGGGCUAUUUACUGUAUAUAAUUUUCUAGCUUAUUUCAGGUAUUUUUAUAUAACCACAAAUAUAGUUCAUAUGGUUAAAGGUGGCAAAUUAAUAGUUACCGCAGUUGUCAUUUUUUUAAGCUGUGUGAUAAGGCUGAGAUUGUCUGAGGGUCACAAACAAUACCAGAGUCCAAAGAACCAGUGGCUAGACCAAAUAGGUAGCAACUUCUCAUCCCUGAUAAAUCGAAGAGGUAGGAUCUUAUUCAAAAGCCAAAAGUCAGCUAUACCUGAAACACAUCUCUAAAUAGCAGUCAUUUCAUAAGGAGUUCUCAGUAUUAGUCAUGAAGCUGCUUACCGUAAGCAGUUUAUAAGCAUCAAUGCAAAAAAUAAAAUUUGAAAAAGCAGAAAAUGAGAAGACACAGAAACAAGAUGCAAGCCCAGUCCUCCAUUUUGCCAAAAGCAAGUCCAGGGGUGGUGAGUUAGAACAAAUAAAAAGUAACCCACCUGGAUUCUCCGAAAUGGGAACAGCGAAAGUGACAAAGCAGGUAAAUGAGGUUCUGGAGAAAAAAAAUCAGAACUAAUUGCAGUUUAGGAAAGAUGAUGACUAUAGCGAAGGAUAUGAUUAGUGAAUCUAGAGGAGAUAUAAAUUUAAAAAUAGAGAUUAGGAAAGUGAUGGAAACCAUGAAUGCCAAACCGAGGAAAGAAAGAAAACAAAUUCAAACAGAUAUCCAGGAGAUUAAAAAUUCUAUUGAAAGUAUAUGCAGCAGAGUCAACCAAUAUGAAGAGAGAAUAUCAGAUCUAAAAUACGGAAUUGUGCUUAGUGAUCAUCAAAUGAAAGACUUCGUAAAAAUAGCCACUGACUAUGAAAACUCAAUCCAGCAGAUGGGUCCAAUCCAACUUGCUGCCUCCUCCUCUUCCUGGUGUUGCUAUAUUCCAGCGCCUGUGUAGCAACUCUCAGAGAGGUUCUCUCUGCUGCUUACUAUUCUGCCAUCUUCCAGGAAGUCCCCUAAGAAAUUUUUAAAGCAUGUAAAAUUGCAAUGGCAAAAUGUGUGAGGACUUCUGGUUCAGAGAAUAGAGGAGAAAAUAGACAGGAAGCAAAAGUUUAUCACAGUGAUCCAGGCAUGAGGUAAUAAGAAUUUAAAGUUGAGUUACAACAAGAGAAAAUGUUUAUAAUACUAGUAAGAGCUUGUAAGAAAUCUAUCAAGGAGUUUAAUGUGAAAAAAUAUACAUAAUAAGAUUUUCUUGGGGCUGGGGAUUUAGCUCAGCAGUAUAAGCGCCUGCCUUGAAAGCAGGCAGUUGUGAGUUCGAUCCCUGGUACUGUUAAAAAGGAAAAAGACCAAAAAAAAAAAAAUUUUUUUUUUUCUCUAUUUUCAGUUGGGCAGGCUUUAGCUUAAGGUUUACAAUAAGAAAUAAUUAUUUUUGCUCAGUAAAGGGAUGAAUACCUGUAAUCCCAAUCAUUUGCGAUGCUGAGGCAGGAGAAUCACAAGUUCAAGGCCUAUGAAAUUCACUGAGACUCUGUCUCAGAAAAAAAAUAAAUAAAAAGGGCUGGUAAGGUAGCUGAGCCCGUCUCUAGGUUUAAUUUUCAGAACUGUUGAAAAAAAUAUUUCUGUAAAACUUAAGGUUAAUCACGGAGUAUAAUUUUUAUGGAAACUUUUUCCCCUUAAAUUGUUUUAGGCUUUAACUUACUUUGAAAUUAUAGGCUAAGAUAUCCGUGGUGAACAGUAUGUACCCACGAAUAUAAAUAAGAGCCAACAUUAAAAGCUAGCUAAACAUUAAAAAAAAUCAUAUUGCAUGGAGUAGAUAGUAAAAGUAAAUUAUAUUUUUAAAAUAAUUGCUGCUAUUAUUAUUUAUACUUUGUUAUUACUCACUUUUCAACUCUUAUGGUUAGUGUUGAUAUCCAUUAUUAUUUAUAUUUCCUUAGAUUAGUGUCAUGAGAUAUUUGCACAGUGGUGAGGAGUAUAUAGAAAUCAAAUUUUAAGUUGAAAAGCAUAGAACUGUGUCUGGAGAUAGUCUUACAAUAGACAUUUAUUGUAAGACAUUUAUUGCAUUACUCUGAAAUAAUAAUUCUACUUUUACAAUUUUAGUGUUGAGGAAAAGAAUACUUAUGAAAUAGUUAGCCCAACCUGUAAAACCUAUCUUCACAUUCCUUUGGUCUCCAUUUUUAAAAAAAUGUCUCAUCUGCUAGCAAAGUAUAGAUGUUUGUCUUUACUUACCGUUUACUGAUGAGGAGGGCUUUUAAUGGAAAGCACUAUGUUUCAUGAGAACAGGAGUUAUGUGAGGUGGAACAAUACUUGGAAACACAUCACACGGUCCAUAAUUUCACUAUCCUUUCAGGGGUUUCUCUUGUAAUUUAUAUGACUUUGAUUUUUGUUUAAACUAAAUAGUUGAUGUUUGGCAGUGUAUAUGACCAAAUCUCAUAGAGAUUUUUGUACAAGUUGUUUCUCUGUUAUUUGAGGAAAACAAUUCUUCAAAACUCAGGUUUAUUGAAAUGUAAUUUGCAUACCAUAAAAUUCACCCUCAGAGGAAGUUUUGCUACCAUGGAAAGAUUAACAGAUUUAAGACUGUCAAGUUUCUUCAUCCAUUGAUUUAUUCAUUUAUAUUCUUAUAAUAUGAAUUUGUUAUAUACCUUUUAGACUACUGUAACCCAGUUAAUACUAUUAUUCUUAUAGUUUUGUGUACUCUGAAACAAUAAACAUCUUUGUCUUAUUUUGAUGAAAUAUUUUGAAAUUCUAUAAUUCUGUGAUUAUUACUACAGGGUUAGGCCUUGUGCAUGUUAAGCGAAUGCUUUGUCAUUGAAAUAUAUGCACAGCACUUUCUAAAUACAGAAUCUUGCAGAUGAAAAACCUUAGAAAAGUAACUUACAGAAUAUAGAAAGGUAUUAAAUCCUGACAUAAUGGGAUUUCAAAGUCAGGAAAAGAUGAUUCGGUGAGUUUGGCUGCAUAUAGACAACAUUGCUGAAAUGAAGAGAAGAAAAAUACAUAUGUAUUGCUUAUUGUUGAUAACUUAUGAAGCAUUUGCUAUUGCUUUUUUCCUAAUGGACUUAUGAUUGUUUUCUAUAUCUUUCUAUUUCCAUGUAACCAAUAUGCAUCAAAAAACGCUGAUCACACUGUCAGUCUGGGAAUGGGUCUGAUUGAGCCAAGGAUAACUGAUUGCCCUUUUGCCACUCAGUUUGCAGGACGUGACCAAGGAAGCAUGUAGCUCAGAUGACUAUCAAGUCCUUGAUGACAUUAACAAAGAGACUUGUCUUUGCUUUGCAGAUAUGUUAAUCUUUGUAUUUUCUUAUAGUGUGAGUUUUUGGGAUUGACGCUGUAUUCCAUGGAUUGGCAGCAUUGAUAUCACCUAGGAGUGUCUUGGAAUUUCAGAACUGUUAGUCCAACCAAAUCAGGAUCUCUAUUUUGAUAGACUGUCCAAUGAUUUCUGUGAGCACAAAAGCAUCAGAAGUGAUAUUUUAAAACCACAUUGAUUGUAUUUUUAUUUACUUGCAACUAAAGCAUUCUGAUAUAACAUUACUUUUUUGUUUUUUGGUACCAGGGAUUGAAUUCAUAACCCCAUGCUUACCAGGCAGGCACUUACACCGCUGAGCUAAAUCCCUAGCUCUCAUUCUGCAUUUUUAACCUUGAGGGGUUACAGUCUUCCCCAUGCAGGUCAUAUGUAGAAAUAUGGUGUGGGGGGUUCUUAAUAUGAUAAAAAUAGCACUUAUUGGAUCCAUAAUAUAGACUUUUAAAAGCUUUUCACUUGCUGCUUUAUAGUUCUUCUGGAUUUUUUAAAUAGUUGUUUUUAGACGAGGCCUAAAACUAUAGUACUUAUACUUGUGUUCCAAAAGACCUACUGUUAUUUUUGUCAAGUCAGGAGAUGUGAGCUUAGCUGUUAUGGUUCAGUCAUCUUUGAGAAUUGGAUUUUACUUCCCUUAGGAAUACUGCUUCCUACUCACUCCUCAGCUUCAUUGCUAUUUUAGUUAGAUGAGAGUUUGUACUGCACGUUUGUCCAGAAUCGUUAAUGUCUAGGGAGCAACUGUGAGCUGCUGCCUUUGUAGACCAGAUGUGCAUUUGAGGCCCAUGAAUAGAGAAAAGAGCUUCAUUCCCUGCUGAAUCUUUAUUCAUGAAGGCAAAAAAUAGCAUGAAUACAGUAAAUCCACCAGCAGUGUAGGAAUUUUGAAAACUUGUUUUCUUCUACUCUCUAUACAGUUAGAUGCCACAUUCUUUUUUUUUUUUUUUUUUUUUUUGGUACCAGGAAUCCAACUCAGAACCUUAUGCUUGUGAGGCAGGCUCUUAUGCUGCUGAGCUAUAUACUCGGCCCUAGAUGCCACAUUCUAAAAAUAAAAUAACGCCCCAUAUUUUGAAACUAUUUUGUUUGUCUAUCAUUAAAGAGGUCAAAUUAGAUGAUUCAGUUCACAAAUUAUACUGUCAUUCUGUAAUCUAUUUAUAAUGAACUGUGUCUGUGAUAUAUUUUACAGUGAGAAUUUCCAAAGGUCUGUACUCAUUCAGAAACGUCUUAGUUAAAACCAGUACUUAGAAAGUAAGUGCAACUGUGCUGAUUGAUUUCAUCCUUGCUAUUCUUUGACUGUUUACCAUGCAUUUGGCAUUAUGGUAAUUACAAUGAAAAUUUAUCUCUAAUCUCCAUUUUAGACAUAAUAAAGUUGAAGCUAGAGAUUAAAUAACCCAGGAAAAUCAUGUAGUUAGAAAUUCAGUGUCGUGCUCCCCACAGUCAUUCAGGUCUCAAAAGAGUUUUAAAUUUUGGGUGGAAUAUUGACAGGUAGACAGCGCACUCGCAAAAUGGAGAAGAAUUUAAAAGUGGGGUAAAAAUUUUAAAUAGCUAUACAAUGUAGUGAGAACAUAGAGGAAGAAGUGAUUAAUUCUGACCAAGAGAAUCAAUGAAAAAAAAUCAUUUUUCUUUUACUCCUCUAAUUUUUUAAUAUCUUUUCCUGAUUUCUCUCAUUCUUUUCAUGAUAUUACAUUUUUCUGUAAUCAAGACUUAAAUUUUUUGGGUUUUUUCAUAAUUUUGUAUUUUAUCAAUCUAUAAAAGUUUUAGUUCUUUCUUUUCUUUUUGUUUGUUUUUGGAGACAAGGCUUUGGUAUGUAGCCCAGGCUGGCCUCAAACUUGUGAUUCCCCUGCCUCACCCUCCCCAGUGGUGGGAUUGCAGGCAUGCACAGUCAGGCUGUCUCUUUUAGUUCUUGCUCAGUAGUGUUUCUUGCUGUCACUCCCCAAUAUGCAUUUCUAUUUUCACCCUCAUUUGUCCAUCACUGUGCCAUCUAGGUCGAUGAUGGCAAACUGCUUAGAGAUUUCAGUGACACAAACAGCCCACUGUGCCAGAGGUUCACCAUCACAGGUAUAGAUCAAUGAUUACCAACCUUUAAUGGACCUAAGAUUAUCUAAUGAUGCUUAGUCAAAGUAGCAACAGAUUUUGACUCAUCAGUUCGAGAAGAUACAUCAAGCUUGAGAACCACUUAUCUAGAGCAAUAAUUUUCAUAUGUGAUCUGGGGAUUACUGGAGUAACUCAGACUUUACCAGGGAUACGCAAAAUCAGAACUAUUUUCAUAGUUAUACUAAGAUGUUUGCCUUUGUGGACAUUUGUGUUGAUGGUGAGGAACAGUGAUGAGUAAAACUUGUGUAUUUUUAGAAAUUAAGGUUGUGGAAUGAAACUAAAUUAGUAAUAAAUAUAUUACUGCCACACACUUGGAAAAUCCAGUUUUUCAUUAGAAUGCCCUUAAUGUAUCAGUUAAAACUAUUGAUUUCAUUAAAUCUUUACCUUGAAUGUAUAUUUUAUUAAUAUUCUAUGACUGUAAAAUAUUUUAAGGUGGUUUUGCGCAGUCAAGUAUAGUUGUGUCAAGAAGCAGUACUUCUAGAGAUUUCUGAAUUAAAAUAGCUUUUUUCAUGGGAUACUAUUUUCAUUUUUUAAAAAAAUGACUGGUAGGAGAACUAUGGGUUAUUCAGACUUUGAUUUUUGGCAAAAAUUUUCCAAAAACAUCAACAAAGAACGCUACAGAACUUCAGCAUUACUAAUGAUAAAAUUUAAGCUUUGAAGCAAAGCUUCAAAGGAAGAUGCUACUUUUAAAUGGUUCCCAAGAACAAUGCCAGAGUGCUGUGAAGUGUUCCUGAAGAGAAGAAGGCUGUGGUUAGAGAGAAAAUAAACAUACAACCUGCAUUUACACGAUUAUAGCUCUGUUGGAAGUAAGUUCAAUGUUAAUAAACUAUUAAGUAUCUUUAAACAGAAAUUCCUAUAAAGCAAGUUAUGUAUUCAUCAGUUGGUAAAAAUAUACUUAGCAGAUACUGUGGGAAGUGUUUUUUUUGUUUUGUUUUUGUUUUUUUUGGUAUCAAGAAUCAAACUCAGAACCUUGUGCUUGCCAGGCAGGCGCUUGUGCUGCUGAGCUGUAGCCCUGGCCUGACACUGUGAGGAUAAGAUAAAGUGUUUGAUCUCGAUCUCUCUUCUAUUUGUGAUUUAUUUGUAUGGAGGAUUUGAGGUAUGGAUUUAGUUUUUAUCUUUUUCAAAUAAUUAUUAUUCCAGUAUCAUUUAUUUAUUUGAAGCCAUCUUGUCGCAGUGAUUUGAGAUGUCACCUUUGUUCUAUACUAUCUAUAAAUACUUAGAUCUGGUUUUAGAUGCUAAAUUAUUCUACAAUUUGAUUGAUUAUGUGCCAAUACCACGUUUUAAUUAUAAAAAUUUUAUUUUAUUUUAAAAUCUCUGAUCAUUCCUGUUUCCUCUAAUAGCUUUUAAUUUUUAGUUUUAGUUCUUGACUAUUUUUACAUGUUUGCUUUCUCAUACGAGUUUUAGUAGCAAGUUGUUGAGCUCCCCAAGAAGGUUCUUGGUAUUUUGUUGGGAUUGCAUUACAAGUUAAUUCAGAAAGAACUGAUAACUUUGUGUUGAGUCAUCCUAUUCAAGAUCAAGUGAUGUCUGUUUAUUUGUUCAAAUAUUUUAAUGUUUUCAAAAGUGUCUUUCAGUUUCCUUAGGUAAGUUUUAUUUACAUAUUAAUUUAUCCGUUUUAUCUUAUUGCUUUUGUAAGUAUGGCUUUCUCUAUCACUAUAUCCUUUAUUUAGUAUGUUUGUAUGUGAAGGCUAUCUAUAUUCUUAAUUUUAUGCUUUAUUUCUUCAUCUUGUUUUAUUUAUUAUAUUGCAAUCUGAAAAUAGGUGGUUUUGCUUCUUUCUAGUUUGUAAGCCUCUUGCCUAUUUCAUUGGCCAAUACCUUCAGUUCAAUAGUAGUGAAAAUAUUGAGGUUCUUGACUUGCUUCUGGUCAUAGUGGAAAUAGUCCUAGUAUUUAUUAAGGAAAAUUCUGGCUGUAGGGUUAAAUCGCAGUGUAAUCUCUCAUUAUCCAUGGGGGAUUUGUGUGGAAUUCGAGGAAUUGUGUGGAUACCAAACUCUGAGAAUGGUUAGUGGUCUAAAAUAAAGUGCUGUAGUGUUUGCAUGUAAACUGUGUGAAUCCUUCCCUUAUACUUUAACUUGAGGAUAUAGAGAGUUAAUUGAUAGUAUUUUAUCACGUUGAUGAAUGCUAAUUUUGCUGUAAUAAGACAGUAAUUUCUAGUGUUGGGAAGGACUUGGUUUCUAAGAAGUAGGAGGAAAUGGAGUUGAAAUGGAUAGUAGAAGCAAGCAAGUAACAAGGGAAAGACUUCGGGACUGUCAAAACAACUGCUCUUGGUGAAGGAAGAUGCUACUUUUAAUGAUACCAGAGUUUAGUGUUUGCUUGGUUUACUUGGUUAAUUUAAAACAUAAGAUCUGUUUGCAAAGUAAGCUGGUAUAAAUAAUUCCAGAAUACCAUUGUCCUAGGCUUUGCUGGCAGCCUGGGCGAAUAAAGAAUAAUAGUUAUUUAUAUAUUGUUUAACCAUGAAGAUUACUCUUUGUCUCAUUUCUGAACUUCUAGUUUUUGUAGAAAUCAAAUGUUAUUUUCAGUUAAUCCCACUGGUGGUGUUUAUGGAAUGCCUUAUAUUAGAUUUACUGGGGAAUGCCUUAUAUUAAAAUUAUAAAGAUGUAUGUAUGUGUGUAUUUUGUACCCCUACUGGUCUAGGAGUAGUCUAACCUUAUUAAAUGAGAUUUGACUCAAAAAGCUUAAAUAAUUUCAUUUCAUCAAAACUCAGUCUUCCUUUUUUUUGAUACCGGGGAUCAAACUCAGAACCUCAUGCUUGCCAGGCAAUCGUUUGUGCAGCUGAGCUAUCUUCCCAGUCUCCAAGACUCAGUCUUCUUACUCUUGCUUUUCCUAUUUUCUCUCAGAGUUUACUCAUGGCAUUUUUAGACUUAAUGCUGUCUCUAAGGAUGUAGAAAAACUAGACUGCUUUUCCUAUUCUGUGUUCUUUAAUAGUCACUCAACAGUCACUCAACACUUCUGAUACCACAUGUAGGAGUUUUCCCCACCUAACAAACAAUCCUCUGGCAGAUUUUCGAGAGGGCACAAGCAGGAGGUCCUCCAGUUUACUUCAGUUCUACUACAUGUCUGCUUGGAGAUGCCUGAUAGAUUGAGAGCUCAGUCCCCAUCUUCUCACUUCAAAUGCCAAUUGAAAGCACAGAUAUGAUCUAUAUUUCUGACCAAGCUGUUAUAAAUCGGGUGAUUUAAGGACUAAGCUGCCAGUGGGUCCCUGUAGACAUGUCCACAUCUUAACUUGUAUGUCCAGUUUUCUUGAAAUGCCCAUUUAGUUAAUUACACAGAUCCACAAAGCCAGACUCCCAAGCUCUCCAUUGCUUUCAUUUUAGUUUUGUCCUUGGGACAGAUAGUUGAUUGUAUAAGUGAAUUUAUUACUGCUUACCGAACUGUGGUGGAAAUAUUUGUACCUAAAUGUUGAUACUGUCUUUAGCAUUGGCCAUUUAUUGCCUCUUGAUCUCAGCAGUCUUUGUUUAUUUUCUAAGACAAAUUCUAUUUAACAUCUUUUUAGAUUAUGAUUUGGUACAUUUAGGAGACACUGUUGUUGACAGAGGAAGACAUUGGGCUUUUGUAGUGUUUAAAGGUUCAUAUAAAUAAAAUGUCUUGAUAAAAUUGAGUGUGUAAGCCUAACAUUUGUCUACUUUAGGGUAAGAAACAAAGUGAAUAUAUGUUUAACUAUGGAUCUUUGUAAGCUACCAACACCAGAAACUUCUGAGAUCUUGGUUGUUGAUGUGAAGGGACAGAGGUCAAGGUAUCUGAUGUUGCCAUAAGACCAUGCUGGCACAGCAGAACUGAAAUUCUUUUAGUUCCCUUUAGGUUUCCUGGUAACUUCCGAUAAAAGAAAUUGUAACCGCUAGGUGGCGCUCUGAAAUUAGAAAUGUGCAAGCCCCCCCUGCUACAGCUAGAAUUGUGGCCUACUUAGCAGAGCAAUUGCCUCUGAGAGCAGCUGGUGGCAAUUUCUGAAACCUAACACAGGUUUCAAGUAAGAAAGAAAGGAAGAAAUAGAUAAAAAUAGAGGAAAGAAGUUAGGAGGGCAAGGAAAAAGAAAAGGAGAAAGUAAACAGGCAUAUUGUGAAGGAAGUAGUAUGCUAUCCGUAAUUACCUCGGGAAAGUGAUACCUGCAGCAUUUGUUGCUUACCAUUGAUUCGUUUGCUUAUUUUUUGAUACUCAUGUAUAAGAGGCAGCAGUUAUGGUGUAGGAUACCAUGGUGAUAAAAUGCUGUUUCUACUCUCUGGGAGUUUAUAGGUAGAGUUUAAAUAUAUGCACUUAAAAUUGUGAUACCCUUUUUGUAGGGUAUGUUAAAUAAUAUGGAAAGAAUAUACUUUAAAAAAAAGUUUUGUUUCAUAUUCAGCAUUUCACUUCACUCUCAGAGGAAGAUUUUCUGGAAUUAAAACAAAUAUGAUGUUGACAUAUUUGUGAAGCUGUCUUCCAGAGGGCAGCAGUGUGUUGCUCAGGACUGGAGCUUGAGGCUCAAUACCUGCCUCCUGUGAAAGGGGUAGCAUGUGUAUGUCUAUAUCUGUGUUGAAUGAAUGCUGGGAUCAGGUGGUCAGAUGGGAACCUCAAUAAGGCAUCUUCUGAUUAGACUUAGCCUUUCUGCUCCUUUUAGAAUUACGACUUCUGAUCUUGAAACCUUUCUUGAUAGCCCAUACCCCCUCUCUAUAUAUGGCGUUCUCUGUUCACCUUUGCUGCUUCUUUAUAAGGCAUCCUGGGUUUUUCUAUAGUGAAUUCUUUUAGUAGAGUCUGUUUCUACCAGUGCUCAAUACAUUUUGGUUGAAUGAAUGAAUCUGACUAGUUACAGUGUAACCAUAUAAGAUGACUUUGAUAGGAAUACUUUCUAAAAGUGUCAUUUUUUGGCAUACCAUUAAAGGCCUUUCUUUUAACACUUUACACAUAUGUGAGAAGAUGCUGGCAGUUGCUUUGAUGUGUAAGAUAGACGGCAUAUUUAAAAAUAACCAGAAGAUACAUUGGUCAUAAGACAGGUAGAUUUGUAGCUCCAUUUCUGUAAAUACAGCUCUUAAAUUUUAACAUAAAUUGUGUUGCUUCAUUUUGGGUGACUAAUGCAGCUGCAGUCUUAUUAUUCCUAAAAUAAUAGGCAUUUAUGAUACCUAUUAUUUACUACUGAGACUGUAGGGCCUGUUUAGGAUGUCUUGCUAAACUGAGCAAUGGAACUAAGUCAAGGUGGAGUAGAACAGUAAAAUAUGGCAGACGGGAUUUCACUGCAGCAGAAUUCCACUAAAUGGAAGGGUUAGUAUCAGUAGACAACAUCUAUCUACUGAAUACUAGGACUUUCAUAUUCAAGAAUAUAGAUUGGAAAAUGGGCAUAAUUUAUUCAUAAAAUGCUUAACACUUUACAAAAAGUCAUCAAAGAAUAGAAAGUUUUGAAAACAGAUUAAGAAACAAUUCACACACCAUGUGAUUCAUCCCUUUAAAUUACAUUAUUUAGGUUUUUUAAAAAAACACAUUCAGAUAUUAUUCAACUAUCACCACUGUCUAAUUCCAAAAUUUUCAUUAUCUCUAAAUGAAACUACUCAAUAGCAGUCAUUUUCAAUUUUUACCUCCUCUAGACUUUAGUAAACACUACUUUUGUCUCUAUAGGUUUGCCUAUUUGGAGAUUUUAUAAAAAUGGAAUGAUCAUACAGUGUGUUUUUUUGUGUGUGUGAAUAGCUUCUUUCACUUAGCAUGAUGUUCUUAAAAUUCAUCCAUGCAUAAUACUUUAUCAGAACUUCAUUCCCUUUCAUUGCCAAAUAAAAUGCCAUUGUAUGAAUGUGUUUUGUUUAUCCCUUCAUCAGUUUGUGAUUUGUUUUUACUUUUUGGCUAUUCUGAGCAAUGCAGUUAUGAGCAUCCAUGUACAAGUUUUUGUAUGGACAUAUGUUUUCAUUUUUCUUGAUUAUAUACCCUGGAGUGGAAUUGCUGGAUCAUAUGGUAAAUCUGUGUUUAACAUUUUGAGGAACUGCCAAGCUCUUUGCAAAGAGACUUUAUCAUUUUACAAUCGCACUAGCAAUGAAUAAGGGUUUCAAUUUUUCCACAUCUGCACGAAAAUAUAAUAUUGUCUUUUUUUAAAAAUUAAAAUCAUCCUAGUAGUGGGUGUGAAGUGGUUAUCUCAUUAUGGUUUUUAUUUGCAUCUCCCCAUUGGCUAAUUAUAUUGCAAAUCUUUUCAUGUGCUCUUGACCAUUUGUGUAUGUUUUUUUGAGAAGUGUCUAUUUAAAUAUUUGCUCAUUUUUAAUUUGGUUGUCUGUUUUUAUUAUUGAGUGGUAAGAGCUCAUUAUAUAAGUGAGUAUAAGUCCCUUGUCAGACAUUUGAUUUUCAAAUAGUUUUUCUUAUUCUUUUUAACUUUCUCAAUGAUAUUUUUUGAAGAAAUGUGUUUUAUAUAUGUAUAAAAACAGUAUAUACAACACGAUGAAAUAGGAUGAUUUAGCAGUAUUGUAAUGUCUGCUUGUAUCAGGUAGGUUGCCAUGAGGGGAUGAUUGUGCUUUUAAUCAGUAUUAAUAAAUUAUAGCUAAGAAAGAAACAUAAUGGUCUCUAGGUCAUAACAUACCUUCUUCCUUCUGUCUUUGUGUUAUCCUUUGUGUUACAAGCUAUUUAAAAAAUGCUGGGGGUUGGGACAGUGAAUAAAGAAUAGUUGUUUUCUUCUCUUGUGACUCAAGCAAGGUAGACUGUUAGAGUUAUAGCUGAAAAAUAAAACUGAAAGAAAUACUUGUUCUGGCAGUGAUAACAAAAGUACUACCUUUUCCAAGUCACUAUCAGAGAAACGAGCUCACAAUUGGUCAUAUUAUAGUAUUGCAAGCCACUAUCUUCUUUUCCUUUAGGUAUAAUAAGAGUAACCCAUUAACAAUGAAGACUUAACAUUUAUAUGGGGAGGAUACAGGUGGGGGAAGUGGAGCAUGUCUUUGGUACAGAAUGCAUGGAGUUGCUUCCAUGUUAGUAAUUGAGCAAGGGACUGCCUUUUUUUCUUUUUGGUACUGGGGAUCGAACUCACAACCUUGUGCUUGCCAGGCAGGCACUUGUGCCACUCAACUAUAUCGCAGGCCCUAGUGAACUGCUUUGAUGGACAUGAAGUGAAAUGUUGAGAUGCUUGUGAUUGCUUGCCCAUAAUGUUGAGUGGUCUUUCCCAGUAUUCUAUUCAAGAGCAUUCUUAGUCUCCUUCAAACACCUUCAUCUUAUGUCAAAAUACAGUUGCAGUUACAAAAAUAUUUUAAAAUUUGAUUGAGAUACACUAAGAAAUCUGCAAGUACGUAUCUGCAAGUUAUAGGGACACGUGAGUGACUUUUUUCCCUUCAAGGGUUUCAAGUAGAGUACUAAGAAAGAUGUUUUCCUCUUCAAGGUUUUUCCCUGGAAUGAUCUAUCAAAAUCAACAUGGACUCUUGACCCAGGUUUUUUCAGCUGUGUUAUAUGAAGAUAUGAGUUCUGUUAGUCUGGCAUGUGCUACAAUAUUUUAAAAUUUUUAAAAAUUUCAUUGUUAUAAUAUGAAAAUAAUUCUAGACUAUAGAUAAAAUGUAUUUAUGUGAACAAUUUCCUAAACUUUGCUUCCUGAAGUGUAACCAUUAAACUUUAUGGCUUAACAGUACAGUUGUGUGUCCCUUCAGAUCUUUUCAAUUGUUCUCUUGUGAUUGGCAUAAAUCAUUCAGGCACUUUCUUUCCUGACUCCUCUCCACACCCAGAAAGAUAUUUCAGAUCUUCUUGAUUUUAAUCUUGUCCUUUGAGCAGAAUGAAGAGAUGAGUCAGAGUUUUCUAAUACUGUUGCUUUUGGGGGAGGUUAUACAGCAUUAUUUUGAAUUGGUAGUGGCAUUAACUGUCAGUUUUGUUCCUUAAGCUGGUGGAGAAAAUCUAAAUCAUGAGAAAGUCGUGUAAUGCUGACAUCACUGAGGAUAUAGGCUUACACUUAGAACACAGUUCUCAAGAGACUUGUGUUCAGUACAUAAAGAUGUGUUAAAGUGAUUGUGAAACUCCUUGCUGUCAAGUAACAGACUUCUGAGUUAAUUUUUGUGUAGUCUGCUUUGCAGAUGAUGCUGUCCUUGAAUAGGAAACAGUUUUUGUCUCAGUACCAUAUUGGCAUCUGUGGUUAAGAAUAGUUCAAGUAUUGUUAAAAUUUCAUAUGUGAUAAUAUGCUUCCUCGACUGAGGAGUCAGUUUGUAUGACUGUUAAGGAAAUAGUCUUACUUGACAGUUUUAAUACCACGUAAGUUUUUUGUCUGGUAUGAGCAGGUGACUGUUAUAUUGACUCAUAGUCUAGAGAGAUAAUGGUAAAUUUGGACCUUGGGAUAGGAAGAGAUCUGUUAUGUAAGAAAGCUGUUGAUUGAAAGAGCAAUAUUUGUUGUUGAUCAGUUUCAACUGUGUAACAUUUAAAACAUUUGGUCUAUGGUUUGAGAAAUGGGUUGAAAAAUAAUGAUUUUGACCCAUAGCACUCAGGAACUUGCUCUGUGAUAUUAGAACAGGUAAGACAUACAUCUUUGUCUUGAUUUAAAUUUGGGAGAAGACAGUAUUACAGGCAGGCCCUAUUUGAUAUAUAAAGGUGUUGCCCUGCCCCAUGUAGAAACACACGAAGGGGAAUGCAAAAGAGGGAAUAGCAAAUCUAUCGUAGGUACUUGUAUGUAUCUACUGUGUGAUAUGUGUUAUAUUGCUGUAGGAUACUGGCUUUAAAAAUUGCAUGUGCUCUUGCAUAGCUUUGUGUCCAAUACCAUUACAUCAGGAUUAAGGUUGCAAUUUACGAAAUUUUGGGGGAAUAUGAAGAUUUAGUCUAUGGCAUGAUUUAGUCUAAGUUAAGUGAUAUGUUUCUAGAUUAUAUAUUCUAUAAUGCUUUAUAAACUACAUAUAUAUGUAUGUAUAUACAUACUUUGGUGUCUAUCAAAUGUUACAUAAUUUUAAAAAUUGUUAUUUCAGCAAUUAAACAUUUUUUAAUCUAAACCUUUUACAAGUUUUUGCUUAAAUUGUGCGAGAAGAAAUCUGAACUUACCCAGUUAGUCAAACUAUCUGUCUGCUAUCUUUUUGUCUUAUAUAUUCAUCCAUUUUUCUACUUUAAUUGUUGAAAUGCAGGAUCACUAAUGUAAAUGUCAUUUUCACAUGGACUGACUGUUCUCUUUCUCUGCCUCCAAGUUUCUACAUAAUCUCUCCAGACCCAGCUAAUCGGUCAAAAGGGUUCUGUCUGGGCUAGCCAGCCAGACAUUUAAGUAUUCAUUACCCAGUAUGUGUGUGUGUGUCUGUAUUUAAUGAUGUUUGUGCUUGAUUUAGCUGGGGAUUUUGAAAUCUUUGUAAGUUUCCCUAUUUUAGAAUUAAGGGUCAUCCAUUAGUAGAAAAAAAUACCAGAAAAGUUACUAUUUCCUCAUUCAUCUGUGUUCCACAUUAUACAAAUGUUUACUGAAAACAGUACCAGUUUUCUGGGAAAGGUAUUGACUAAGACUGUUUCACCCUUUACCCCUAGUCUCCAAUUCAUGUUUUCUUCUUACAAUGUGAUCAUGUGCUUGCCCAAGCCUGGCUUAUGAACCGUGUAGAAUAUUUGUGAGGUUUUGUUUUUUAAGCCCUGCGCUGUGCACAUGAUGCAGUAUUUAAUUUGGAACGAGCUCUGAGUUUGGUCACACGUGCUUCUUGUGGUGUUUAUUUUGGAAUCCACAAGUAGGGAAGUAUUUUUGCAUUUUAUACAUCUGGACAUUGUUCAUGGUUCUUCUGUGACUUGGGAAUUCUGCGUAGAGCAAAAUCCAAGGAACAGUAUUAAAAAUAACAUGGAGUUAUAAUGACAUCUGAGCAAAAACCCUUGAGAAUACCCUUCGGAUCCCAUCAGAGUUUGAUUUUGUGGUGGUGAACUUUUUCAUUGGUGUGACUCACUGGUGGCAAGUAGAUUGCUGGGAUUAUAAGGUUACAUGACACCCUCAGAUGUAGGCAAAUGGGCUGCCAGACACCCGGAAGGUCUAAAGCAGUUUUGGCUUUUUAAGGGGAGGAUUUUGCAAGAGAGCUAAAAUGAAUUCUGCUCACUCACCAGCAUGCCUUUGCCACCCUUCGGCUACACAGGCAUCUUAAAGAGACCUGUGAGGCUCUCCAUUUACUUUCUUGAUCCUGCUUCAUUUCAGCUAGUUUAGAACUAAAGGAUGACUCUGAACACACCAGUCUCUGAGUAAAGGCUGAGAGGUGGGGUCCAGUGACCUUAUCCCUUUCCUGAUUUUCACAUGAGAAGUUUUUUAAACAGGAUUGGACAUGGUAUAGUACAGCACUGCCUCCGUUUGCUAGGGAUCUACUAGACUGGAAAAAGUGGAAAGAGAUGUACAAACUUUGCUGCUCUUUGAGUGAGUUUGCAUAUGGACAGUAUUGCUUUUUGGCCUCAGCCUAGUUUUCUUUUAUUCCCACAUCUCAUCUUUAAUGCAGCUGCAGAUAGAAGGCUGGGAAAGCAGAAUGAAAGCUUCAAACAGAUUUGCAAUUGAAUGAAAGAAAGAGUGACUCCUCUUGUUCACAGUAUAGACCAGUUUGGGUAGGAAGCUGUUUGCUUUUUUACUGUCUGGGUGAGGAAUAUUUGCCUUUGUCUCUCUAAGUGUUAUUAAGAAAAAAACUAAUAAAGUAAUGGGAACUACAAGUUGUAAUUAAUAUAGAAUUUUCAAAUGUGUUAAAAGCCCCGCAUGUGGUUAUAAUAGAAAAAAAUAAUUGGAGAAGAAAGGCGAAAUUCUGUUGUGCUUUAAGAAUCAAUUGAAUAUGAUGUGCUUUGCGUGCUUAGAUAAGAUAACUCAACUAGUUACAGUUUCUGUUAAGCGAUUUCUUUAGCCAUUCCUUUGGGAUUAUUCCCCCUUUCCUUUCGUAAUACAUUUUGCAACUUUCAUUUAAAAAAUAGCCAUCAAAAUUUAAACUUUUAGAAUAAACACAUCUGAAUCUUAUGAUAGGAACCACAGUGAAAGAGAGAAUGGCUUGGCUUCAGCUGGAGAGGGAAGCACGAUAGGAACCCUAACGGUUGGUAUCAAGAUCAUACUUGUUUUGUGUUUUAAUGACUACAAGAGGAAAUGGCGAAAUCAGCUGAUGACACUAAAUUGUUUACUGAUCCAAACGGGGAUUUCUGGGAAGCUUCUUCAGAGUAUUUGGAAUAGUGGAAGAAUUAGGCAAUGUAGUGGCUAAUACACUGAACUUUAAAUCAGGUUUAUGUGAAGCAGCAGUGCAUCAAUACAUGGAAGUCACAGAGUCUGUCAGUCUUCUGAGAAGACGACUUUAGAGUCUCUGUAAAGGAUUUGGCUUUGAUUCCUGUUAUGAAAGGAAGACUUAGGAAAAUGAAAUGAAAUAUGAAAUGUUUAUCAAUAUUUCAUGGUAGGAACUCCAAGGGUUGAUACAAACAUCAUACUUGUUUUGUGUUUUAAUGACUCCAAGAGGAAAUGGUGAAAUUGGCUGAUGACACUAAGUUGUUUACUGAUAUGGAAGAAAUAUAUCAAAAAUGAAAACUAUUAUGGUAAUAAUUACAGCUAUAAAGUACAGUAUUUAAAAAAUGAUAUGUGAAUUUCUUUCUUUUUUGAUGCCAGCCUUAGCAGAUCCAAGCAGGUGUGGUUCUUUCAAAGUGAUCAUAUAAAAUUAUAUUCUCAUUUUGUGCAUGCUUCUUUUGGGGAAACUAGCCCUUCACACAUGCUUUUGACUAUUUUCUGUGGUAGGAGGUCUUUAUUUUGUAGAUUACUUUUGAAAUAGCCAGUUGUCAUUUAGAGCCCAAGUGUGGUGAUUACAUGAAAUAAUCAAAAUAAACAAUAGAUUUAAAAUGUAAAUUAAAUAAAAUAACACACUGAAUUUUCCUUAAUUACUUCCAAAAUGGAUUCUAAAGAAUUUACCAAUGAGAAAAUGCAAAAAAUAUUGUGUAAUAGUCGUAGUAGAGUAAGUUCUUGGUUGGUAUAUUUCACAAAUGUGUAUCGUUUAGAUAUGUAAAUUAUAGAGGCUUGUUAACACUCAUUAUAUCAUCAACAUGCCAUAUUUUUGUUCAUUUGUUAGUGCUGGGAAUUGAACUCAGGCCCUUAUACUCUAUCACUGAGUUACCCCUCAGAGCAACACAUAUUUAUACGUGACCUUGUCUUUUAAACUGACUUCAAAGUGUCCUUUUAGGGAGGAACAGAAAGAUUCUGAAGUAACUAGAGAAUACUUUAGUUCAUUUGAUGAAUGCUUACUUAUGUGUAAGGAAAAAGAUGUAGUGCCGAGUUAAAAAAUAAGAUGGACACUGCUAUGGGAACUGUGGGUUUGCUAUGCAUAUCCAUCCCUUCAUUUCAAAAGACCGGUGAGUGCAGACACAUCCCUCAAAAAUGUUUGGUUUUAUUUUUGGUUAGUAUAUUCACGUGAAACAAACAACAAUCAACUGCACUGAUUUGAGACAAGUAAGUCAGUUGGUUUCCAAAUCUAUGAAACUUUGUGCUGAUUCGGUACGGUGGAACGAUGCUACAUGCUUGCCUUCGUUCCUCCCCGUAAUGAAAAUACCGUAAGUUACCUGAAGGGUCAGAAAAGGGUUUGUAUACAGAAGCAGAUAAGGGGACUUCAUGUCUUCCUUAUUCUUCUGAAAUUCUUAAAAAAUAAAAUAAAAAUGUUCCAUGUAUAAUUAUAUGCUUUUUCUAUUUUGAAAGUCCUGUCUGUCUGUCUAUUUAUCAGUCUACCCUUAUUUUUUUGAGACAGGAUCUUGCUGUGUAUGUAGUUCAGACUGACCUUGAACUCUCUAUGUAGUCUAUUUAGGCCGGCCUCAAAUUUGGGAUAAUCCUGCUGCCUCAGCCUCCCGAGCCCUGGGAUUACAGCUGUAUGGCAUCAUACCUGGUUCUUAAAAGUCAUUAUAGAGACCCCCCCCAUGUUUAAAUUUAUGAUUGUUCUAGACACUUUUCUUGUUGAGAUAAAAUCUCUGACACCGGAAGUUAAAAGGAGGAAAGAUUUAUUGUAGCUCGCUGUUUGUAGAAGUUUUAGUUCGCAAUUGGCUGACUCUAGCAAGGGAUGGGCGUCACAGAGGGGAAGCAGCUCAUGCAGGAAGGCAGGGAGCAGCAGAGUAGCGGGGAAGCAGGAAGAACAGCAGCCCUCGUUGGUCCUUGUAUUCCACCAAAGCUGUCUUCCCUUAGGGAGGUAGCACUCACCCCCUGUGUGGGACACCUUAACCCUAGCAUUGCACAAGAAUCAGUACCAGCAUCACAUCCUUAAUCCCAGCAUGGAGCACUCCAGAGCCAGCCACCUCUGAAAAGCCUCACUUACCAUCACGUGAGGCUGGGAGAACAUGUGGACACAAGCCAUAACAAUAAUAGGCGGUUGCCUUUGUAGUUCUCGGUACUUACACACUUAAAAAUCAGAAAA